CAGUCGGCUGGCCGGUACGUUCUCAGCUGCACCGGGUUCAGACCCAACGUAGGAGCCCCGAGAGAAGUUCACCAUCCCUGGGCGGACAGGACUCCGGGGCCGCUGAGCGCUCCCGCGUGUCGGGCGCUCGGAGUCCCCGCAGCCGGAGAGGGGCCAGGACGCUGUGGAAUCUAGCGCCUCUGGCUUCCCGGGUCCCCCGCAGCGGGAGCCCCAGAGACGCGCGCAGCGCCGGGACCGCAGCGGAAUAAGAUCGAGAUUGAGAACAUACUGCAACUACGGCCAUGGGCAGCAAAACCUUGCCAGCACCGGUGCCCAUCCACCCAUCUCUGCAGCUCACCAACUACUCCUUCCUUCAGGCAGUGAACGGCCUGCCCACGGUGCCCUCGGACCACCUGCCCAACCUGUAUGGGUUCAGUGCGCUGCACGCCGUGCACCUGCACCAGUGGACGCUGGGCUACCCCGCGAUGCACUUGCCGCGGUCCUCUUUCUCCAAAGUGCCCGGCGCCGUGUCCAGCCUGGUGGACGCGCGCUUCCAGCUGCCUGCCUUCCCCUGGUUCCCUCACGUCAUCCAGCCCAAGCCCGAGAUCACCGCUGGAGGCAGCGGCCCCGCGGCGCUCAAGGCCAAGCCGCGCUUUGAUUUUGCCAACCUGGCCUUGGCGGCCACGCAAGAAGAUCCGUCCAAGCUGGGCCGGGGAGAGGGUCCCGGGUCCCCCGCCGGUGGGCUGGGCGCCCUCCUGGAUGUGACCAAGCUGUCCCCAGAAAAGAAGCCCACGAGGGGACGCCUGCCUUCCAAAACCAAGAAGGAGUUCGUCUGCAAAUUCUGUGGCCGCCACUUCACUAAGUCCUACAACCUCCUCAUCCACGAGCGGACGCACACAGACGAGCGGCCCUACACCUGCGACAUCUGCCACAAAGCCUUCCGGAGGCAAGACCACCUACGAGACCACAGAUAUAUUCACUCCAAAGAGAAGCCUUUCAAGUGUCAAGAGUGCGGGAAAGGAUUCUGCCAGUCCAGGACUCUCGCUGUCCACAAGACGCUACACUCACAGGUGAAGGAGCUCAAAACCUCCAAGAUCAAAUGCUAAAUAGAGCCUCCGGGGCACCCGGACCCUGGGUCACGCCGCCCCCUCUUCCAGAGGGACCAGAAGCCGAAGGCGACUCUGGCGGACAGCGGGAGGGCCUCCCGGGACCUUCCCCCAUCCCAACGCGUCCCCCGGGGCCCGGGCGCACGCGGAACUCCAGAGCCCCGCCCCGGGCCGUGACCCCGGCCGCCCGGGCGGCUCCCCCAGGACGCGGCUAAACUCUUGGCCAAAAGGAGGUACUCACGUGGCGGAAGGGAAACUGCGUUAAAAAAAAAAAGACCGAAAGCUUCGCGGAGCCGCAGCGGCGCCUCUCCCAGAAGUAUUACUUUUUCUAUUGUUAUUUUAUACGUUUUCUUUAUUCUUUUUUUUUUUUUUCUCUUUGACCAUAUAAGCUUGUAACUCUGACUGCGGAGAGAGAAGGGAGAGGAAAAGAAGUUCUGUGCUCUCUCGUAGCCUCCAACCCCUCCUCCCGCCUCCAACCCCACCCCUGGGAGCCUGCAAAAGUGUAAUCCCUGUAUCUGCUUCAGCCGCCGGGCCCCAGGAUCGCGGGGCCGGGGAGCGCCCCUCCCAGCUCCUGCCGCGCAGCGGGCGGUGGGCCCCCGGACUCCGACGGAGGGGCGAGGGCCUCGGGCCCCGGGGCUGGAGGGCGCCCGGCCCCCGGCUCCCCUGCUCCGCGGCCGCAUCACCGCGAGCGAGCAGAAGCCCAGGAGCAGGACGAUGUACUGCGAUUGGCACUUUAUGCUGACGAUCGGUAACGGACAUUUAUCACUGGAGUUUUUAAAAAUAUUAAAUAAACGGUUAUUUUACAGGCA